AUGUGACGUGGGCUCAACACCGGAUGCGCCGCACAGAGCAAAAGAAAAAUGGCGAAUCUAGUGGAGGCGACAACAAAUCAGCAGUUUGAAGAUUUCUUAGCCAAAGCUGGGAAAUGCCUGACUGUGGUGCAUUUCCAGGCAGCAUGGGCUCCUCAGUGUGGCCAAAUGAACGACGUGAUGGCCGAGUUGGCCAAGGAACACGCGCACACCACGUUUGUCAAGCUGGAGGCGGAGGCGGUGCCAGAGCUGUCGGAGAAGUAUGAAAUAAACUCGGUCCCCACUUUCCUUUUCUUCAAGGCAGGGGAGAAGGUGGACCGCAUGGAUGGAGCUCAUGCUCCGGAGCUGACCAAGAAGGUGCAGCGCUUGGCAGUCGCCGGGAGUCCGGUUGGAGCCGCGGAGAGUAGCGCCACAGACAUCAACCAGCGGCUGAAGAAGCUGAUCAACGCGGCGCCAUGCAUGCUCUUUAUGAAGGGGUCCUCGCAAGAGCCUCGCUGCGGCUUCAGCCGGCAGAUAGUGGCCCUGCUGAAAGAGCACAGCGUCCAGUUCAGCAGUUUCGACAUCCUGUCCGACGAGGAGGUCAGACGGGAGCUGAAGACCUACUCCAACUGGCCCACCUACCCUCAGCUGUAUGCGAACGGGGAGCUGGUGGGAGGACUGGACAUAGUGAAGGAGCUGGCUGAGUCCGGGGAGCUGGAGAACACCUGCCCGAAGGCCGUCACCUUGGAGCACCGGCUGAAGACCAUCAUCAACCAGAGCCCAGUCAUGGUGUUCAUGAAAGGCAACAAGGAGGCUGCAAAAUGUGGCUUCAGCAGGCAGACGCUGGAGGUUUUGAACAGCACCGGGGUCGAUUAUGACACAUUUGAUAUUCUGCAGGAUGAAGAGGUGCGUCAGGGGCUCAAGACCUAUUCUAACUGGCCAACCUACCCCCAGCUCUAUGUGAAAGGAGAUCUGAUCGGAGGUUUGGACAUUCUCAAGGAGCUGAAGGAGAGUGGAGACCUGGUGUCAGUGCUGAAGGGGGAGUCGUAGGUGGACCAGAGCCAACAAGAAGCCACUGCACAUGCCCAGAUCAACCCUGUAUCACUGAUGAUUAUACACAUGCUGAGGAAGUGAAUAAAAAUAAUUUAUGGAGAUAAAUAUUAGAUUUAACAAUCAAUGGAUGAAUCAUACUGUUGUAGCAUUUGGAUAAGUUCACAUUCUACUUUAAUUCAAAACAUUAAACUGCAUUUAAUGAGAUUUUCCUUUUGGUUUUUGAAGUUUUUCUCACAGUAAUUCUUGAAAAUACAUCUUAAGAAAUGUUUAAAGUGAAAGUUGAGCAAUCCCUGUGCUUGGCCUGAGUUUAUAAGUCCCUAUCUGAACAGCUGACUUGAGUUCAUAUUGUCUGUUGUCUUUAUUUGUUGGGGUUACUUUCUUCACCUGAGAGACAGAAAAACUGUGUUUAACUUCAUCCAAUAGUCACUCUGGUUUAAAUACUAAGUCUAUGUGCCACUUAUUGAUAGAGCUACAUUGUCCGUCAACAACAUUGUAAUUAAACAAUAAAAACACUUAAGAUUUGA